GGGAGAGGAAAUCCCGCCAAAACCCUUUCUGGACUGUAAGCGCCCUGAGGGACAAGAGUGCUCAUAACAGAUUCUUCAGCUGUAGCCCUUCUCCCUGCAGAGUUUGCCCCCCAGCGACUCUAGAGGCUUGGGUUGGAAGAACGAGGUCUCCGUAGAUGUUGCUUGGCUGAGUGAGACCUGAGCUGCGAAGAGGCCUGUUCCCUCAGUUACCAGGUGCAAUGAGGAAACCCCGCAAGAAGUCUCGGCAGAAUGCCGAGGGCCGGCGCUCCCCGUCCCCCUACAGCCUUAAGUGCUCACCUACCCGUGAGACCCUGACAUAUGCCCAGGCCCAACGGAUCGUUGAGGUGGACAUUGAUGGACGCCUACAUCGCAUCAGCAUCUAUGACCCACUCAAGAUCAUCACAGAGGAUGAGCUGACUGCUCAGGAUAUCACUGAAUGCAACAGUAAUAAGGAAAACAGCGAGCAGCCCCAGUUCCCUGGCAAGUCCAAGAAAGCUUCAUCCAAAGGCAAGAAAAAAGAGUCCUGCUCCAAGUAUGCAUCUGGCACCUCCCUUCACCUCCCACAGCCCAGUUUUCGGGUAGUGGACUCAUUCAUCCAGCCAGAAGCACCUCCUCUGCCUGCUGCUUACUACCGUUACAUUGAGAAGCCUCCUGAAGAUCUGGAUGCAGAAGUAGAGUAUGACAUGGAUGAGGUAGACCUCGCCUGGCUGGACAUGGUGAACGAGAAGCGGCAGAUGGAUGGGUACACUUUGGUGUCAGCAGACACUUUUGAGCUAUUGGUGGACCGUCUUGAGAAGGAGUCGUAUUUAGAGAGCCGCAGCAUUGGAGCCCAGCAGUCACUCAUUGAUGAAGAUGCCUUCUGCUGCGUAUGUCUAGAUGAUGAAUGCCACAAUAGCAAUGUCAUUCUAUUCUGUGACAUCUGCAAUCUGGCUGUACACCAGGAGUGCUAUGGAGUUCCCUACAUCCCUGAGGGCCAGUGGCUUUGCCGCUGUUGCCUACAGUCUCCCUCCCGGCCUGUGGAUUGUGUCCUCUGCCCAAACAAGGGUGGCGCCUUCAAACAGACCAGUGAUGGACACUGGGCCCAUGUGGUGUGUGCCAUCUGGAUCCCUGAAGUCUGCUUUGCUAACACCGUGUUCCUGGAGCCCAUCGAGGGCAUUGACAACAUCCCACCUGCCCGCUGGAAACUAACCUGCUAUAUCUGUAAACAGAAGGGUCUGGGUGCAGCCAUCCAGUGUCAUAAGGUGAACUGCUACACGGCCUUCCAUGUGACGUGUGCUCAGCGGGCUGGGCUUUUCAUGAAGAUUGAGCCCAUGCGAGAGACCAGCCUCAAUGGUACCAUCUUCACAGUGCGCAAGACGGCUUACUGUGAGGCCCACUCACCACCAGGUGCCACCGCUGCCAGGAGAAAGGGUGACUCCCCUGGAGGCCUUGGUGAAGCUGCAGAUGAAGAAGGACUAAAGGAGGGUGGUGGGGAAGAUGAUGAAAAAGAGAUGGAGGAGGGGCAGGAGGAAGGCCAAGGUAGGGUGAGUGGCCCCCAAAAGGGAGGAGUGUCCAAGAAAAACAAGAUGAGUUUGAAACAAAAGAUCAAGAAAGAACCAGAGGAAGCAGGACGGGACACACUCUCAGCUGCCCCAGUGGUCACUGUACCACAGAUCCCCUCUUACAGGUUGAACAAGAUCUGUAGUGGUCUCUCCUUUCAGAGGAAAAACCAGUUCAUGCAGCGGCUUCACAACUACUGGCUAUUGAAGAGACAGGCACGGAACGGCAUCCCUCUCAUCCGGCGCCUGCACUCCCACCUGCAGUCCCAAAGAAAUGCCGAGCAGCGAGAGCAGGACGAGAAGACAAGUGCAGUGAAGGAGGAGUUGAAGUACUGGCAGAAGCUCCGCCAUGACUUGGAGCGGGCGCGGCUGCUGAUCGAGCUAAUUCGGAAGAGGGAGAAGCUGAAGCGUGAGCAGGUUAAGGUCCAGCAGGCCGCCAUGGAGCUGGAACUGAUGCCCUUCAAUGUUCUGCUGAGGACAACGUUGGACCUGCUGCAGGAAAAGGAUCCAGCUCAUAUCUUCGCUGAACCGGUCAACCUGAGUGAGGUUCCAGAUUACCUGGAAUUCAUAUCCAAGCCAAUGGAUUUUUCUACUAUGAGGCGGAAGCUGGAAUCCCAUCUGUAUCGCACCUUGGAGGAGUUUGAGGAGGACUUUAACCUUAUAGUUACCAACUGCAUGAAGUAUAAUGCUAAAGACACAAUUUUCCACCGAGCAGCUGUCCGCCUGCGGGAUCUAGGAGGGGCCAUCCUGCGGCAUGCCCGGAGGCAGGCAGAGAACAUCGGCUAUGACCCCGAAAGGGGCACCCAUCUGCCUGAGUCACCCAAAUUGGAGGACUUUUACCGCUUCUCCUGGGAAGACGUGGACAACAUCCUCAUCCCAGAGAACCGGGCCCAUUUGUCUUCGGAGGUGCAGCUGAAGGAGCUGCUGGAGAAACUGGACCUGGUGAGCGCCAUGCGGUCCAGUGGGGCCCGGACCCGCCGCGUCCGCCUGCUGCACCGGGAAAUCAACACCCUCCGACAGAAGUUGGCACAGCCCCCGCCACCAGCAGUGAACAAGACUCUGCUCAACGGAGAGCUGCCAGCAGAGCUCCGGGGAGAUGGUGCUGUGCUAGAGCAGACCCUGCGGGAGGAGCCACAAGACAGUGGGGACAGAGAUGACGCCAAACUCCCUCCCCCACCAACCCUGGAGCCUACUGGGCCUGCACCAUCCUUGUCUGAGCAGGAAUCUCCCCCAGAGCCCCCUACUUUGAAACCAAUCAAUGAUAGCAAGCCUCCAAGCCGGUGCCUAAAGCCCAGAAAGGUGGAAGAAGAUGAGCUCUUGGAAAAAUCACCUCUGCAGCUAGGGAGUGAGCCCUUGCAAUGUCUGCUCAGUGACAGUGGUCUCAACAGACUGCCCCUCACAGCCCCCGACACCCCACCUGGUGCCCCCCUCAGUGGCGUGGGCCGCCGCACAUCAGUCCUCUUCAAGAAGGCCAAGAAUGGGACUAAGCUGCAGAGGAGCCCCGACGAUGGGGCCCUGGAGAAUGGCGAGGACCAUAGUGUUGCUGGCUCUCCUGCCUCUCCAGCCAGCAUUGAAGAUGAGCGGCACUCCCGGAAGCGGCCUCGGAGCGGUAGUUGUAGUGAGAGUGAAGGGGAAAGGUCCCCUCAACAGGAGGAAGAGACAGGCGUGACCAAUGGCUUUGGAAAGCACACCGAAAGCGGGUCUGACUCGGAAUGUAGUUUGGGUCUCAGUGGUGGACUGGCAUUUGAAGCCUGCAGUGGACUGACGGCCCCUAAGCGCAGCCGCGGAAAGCCAGCCCUGUCUCGAAUGCCCUUCCUGGACAGUGUGAAUGGAGAUUCUGACUACAAUGACUCAGGCAGAAGCCUCCUGAUGCCCUUUGAAGACCGCGGAGACCUGGAACCCCUGGAGCUGGUGUGGGCCAAGUGCCGAGGCUACCCCUCCUACCCCGCCUUGAUCAUCGAUCCCAAGAUGCCCCGGGAGGGCCUCCUGCACAAUGGUGUCCCCAUCCCAGUACCCCCGCUGGAUGUGCUGAAGCUGGGAGAGCAGAGACAGGCAGAGGCUGGAGAGAAGCUCUUCCUUGUCCUCUUCUUUGACAACAAGCGUACCUGGCAGUGGCUCCCAAGAGACAAAGUCCUGCCCCUGGGUGUGGAAGACACCGUGGACAAGCUCAAAAUGCUGGAAGGCCGCAAGACCAGCAUCCGCAAAUCUGUGCAGGUGGCCUACGACCGGGCCAUGAUCCACCUGAGCCGUGUCCGGGGGCCACACUCUUUCGUCACCUCCAGCUACCUGUGAAGGCAGGGUCUGGCCUGUGGCUGCCAGCCCUGCCUCCGUCCCAUGGGGCACAGAGAUGUCUUCCUGCCCCAGCCAGAUGUUUGGCUGGAAGUUUCCCCCUUUCAUGGCAGGCCAGGGGCUGGGAUCGUGUUUCCCCAAGAGCCAGGCCCCAGCUUUGACCAACUGCAUGGCUCUCCUGGCAGGCCUGCUAUGUGCCAAAAACUCCCACAAGGUCCCUUCGGGGAUAGUCCACUGAAGAGCCAGCUAGAAGUAGAAAUUGCUGAGGAGCCCCGGGCCCAGUGUUCCUGGCCCAGUGUACGAGGGUCCUGUGCUCCUCGAAAUGCUGCCUGGCUCCUCCACCCCACUUCCAGUUAACUCCACCUCAGGGUGGCGAGGCUCUGACGUUAAUCCCAGAGGUGCUGUGGAUACACUAGGGCCCUACUCAGAACCUCACCAAACUCCCCCUUAAACCUACCUUCUCACCCUUUACUGUUCUCAUGUUCUGCUCUCAGUCACUCCCCCGCCCCCCUCCCCCCCAAUUCCUCCCCAUGUUCCUUUCCUUCCUCUUUCGUGCCAAACUGACAGAAACCAUCCCAAAGUGAUCUUUUUCUUAAAUGUCUUUACUGCCUCAGUCUCCUGAGGCCAGCUGCCGAGCUUGGGUGGGUGCCCCCACCUGGCUCCUAACCUUAAGUUCGCAUCUGCCACAGACCCACCGCUGUGAGCACCUUCCCCCUCAGACUGCACGCAAGGCCCCUCCUGCUCCUGGCCUUGCUGAAGGGUGGGCUGAGGCUAAGUAGACAGGUUUACCAGGCUAGGCUCUGCUUGUGGUGGUGGGGUGUCCAUCUGUCCACUGGAUGUUGAGGGCUAUCUGAAGUAGAGCUGCUUCGUGCCCUUCAGCUGGGUGUACCCCUGACCAUCCUGUCCUUUCCUCUCUGCAUGGACUUUUAUUGAUCUGAAUCCACACCCUCAGUAUCACUUCGCCACCUGGGGCUGGCCUGGGGCUUCAGUCACCAUCGUCCUGUCCUGCCCAGCCUCUGCUGCUCCCACCCUCAAACUCCAGGGAAUGCCACAUUUGGAUUUCAAACCUUCCCUACCGUUUUCCCUUCCCUCUUUCCCUUCAGGGCCCCUCCCUCCCCAUACCGGCUCAAAAUGGAAGGAAAAAAAAAACUGUGAAUGGGGAACGUUGACUGACAAACCACCGCCGCUCUCAGCGCUUCCGUGCUGGGUUGCAGGCCACUGGUCGCCAUGUUGCUUUCUAACCUGACCGGGUUUGGUGGUGGUGGUGGUGUUUAUCAUGAGUUUACAUUUUGUUGCAGGGAAGUUUUGGAUACAAUGAAGUCGCUAGGGCGAUCACUGCCAUUUUUACACACUCGGCUUUUUAAAGAAAUAGAACCAACCACGCGGCAACUUCUUACCCAUUUGGGACACGAGCCAGAGUUUAAAAACAAAUCCAACAAAACUAUCUGUGACUAGAGGAUGGGGUUUGGGAUUUUGUACAAUAUUAAAACUGCAAUACAGCCCGUGGCUAGGGAAGGCCAUGGUGUGUACAUAGAUCACUGUAAAAUACUGUUCUAAGUUAUUCCAGCCUGUCGGUGCCAUGACUGGAGUCCCCCAUUGUGUGGCUGAGUGUUUGGAAUGCACACAGUGUCGUUAUUUAAAGGAGCCAACAUGUCCCCUCUCCCCAGGUAGUUGGUCAGCUGUGGACUUUGUGACCUGUGUCUCAACCUGUGUUUAAACUCUUGGGGUUUUUGCCCUCACUCUGUCUCUCUACACCUUUCUUCCCUGACACACUCGCCCUCUAUUCCACCCCCACCCCCAACUCUUGUCUCUGAAUCUUCCAGUCUCUGAGUCUCAUUUUUUUAAAUACUCUUUUAGAACGAGAAACGGCUCAGAUCCUGCUUUGGCAUGGGGCCUGCGGGUCUCUGCCGCGUCUGCUGUGAAGCACAUGAUGCUCUAUUUAUUGUAGAAAGUGACUUUAUUUGCUUUCUAGAAUUGUUUAUAACAGAUGGUAUAAGAGGUAAUAAACAGAAAAAAAAAUCUAUGCUUGUAAAGAAUACAAAAGUUAAUUUUACCUACUAUAAUAUGACUGUCUACAACUUAUUUUCUCUCUGAGAAAUAAAUGUUCUAAUGGGCAGCAA